GAGAGAGAGAGAGAGAGAGAGCAGCAAAAGCACCCGAGCACAUCACUGAUUGCAUGCCCACACCUCUGGCAACACUGACGGAUUCUCCUUGUUUUUAUUUAUUUUUUGUUAACGCCUUUUUCUUUUUGGAUUCGUUUUUUUAUUUAUUUAUUUACUCGUGUUUUUAAUUUCUUUUAAAACGCAAUUCCUUGACAUGGUUGUUCGAGUUUUCUAUUGAUGCGCAGCAUAUUAAAGGAUAUAGAGAAGCAGCCAUUACUGCGGCUCUUGUUUUCUCACAUUGUGGCGAGCCAAAUCGUGCGGGGGUGGAGUAAAAGAAUUCUGGAAGAAGGAAAGAGCUCCUUCAGUCAUUCUCCACCCAGACACCAUUGUUGUCUAGGCUGAGCACCAGUUCAUAUUUUGAUGCUGACCUUACACUAAGCCUGGUGUCUGGCUCUCCAACUUUGGAAGCAUUGAGGCAAGCUCCUCUGCUCCAAUACCAGGCAUAUUCUGUGCAUUUUCUGUGAGGACUCUGCACAUCCAUCUUUGUUAUCAUGGGAACCGUCCUGUCACUCUCUCCCAGCUACCGGAAAGCUGCCCUGUUUGAGGAUGGUCCAGCCACAGUAGGCCCCUACACGGCUGUUCAAAACAGCAAGAACGCUAAAGACAAGAAUUUGAAGCGUCACUCGCUCAUCAACGUGUUACCGUGGAAGCGGAUAGUAGCUGUUUCGACCAAGAAAAAGGGUUCUAAGAAGGUGCAGCCCAAUACAACAUACCAGAACAACGUCACCCAUCUGAACAAUGAAAACCUGAAGAAGUCACAGUCCUGUGCCAACCUCUCCACAUUCACCCAGGAGCAGUCAAGCCCAUCCAACCAGGGCUCUAAAAGCUCUAACAAUGUGGCCUCAUCUGUCAAGAAAGCACCCUUGUCCAAUUCUAGCGUUGCUCCUGGUACGCCCAAGAGGGUGAUCGUUCAGGCCUCGACCAGCGAGCUGCUGCGCUGCCUCGGCGAAUUCCUGUGUCGGAGGUGCUACCGCCUCAAGCACCUUUCUCCUACUGAUCCAGUGUUAUGGCUGCGCAGUGUGGACCGUUCCCUACUGCUGCAAGGCUGGCAGGACCAAGGUUUCAUCACCCCAGCUAACGUUGUCUUUGUUUACAUGCUCUGUCGAGAUGUGGUCUCUUCAGAACUAGCAACAGAACACGAGCUGCAAGCAGUGCUUCUUACCUGUCUCUACUUAUCCUACUCCUACAUGGGUAAUGAAAUCUCCUAUCCUCUCAAGCCAUUCCUGGUGGAAAGCUCAAAGGAGACCUUCUGGGACCGCUGCCUGUCUAUAAUCAACCUGAUGAGUGCCAAGAUGCUGCAGAUCAACUCAGACCCGCACUACUUCACCCAGGUGUUCGCAGACCUCAAGAACGAGAGCCAGAAGGAAGAUGAGAGGAGCCGUUUACUCAUUGGGCUAGACCGGUGAGGGAGCGCUGGAGAGUAUAAAAAUGGGAUUGCACCCUAGUCUGGCAUUUUUGAAGGGGAUUCCAAAAGUUUUAAUACAUAGCAGUCUCUAUAUUAUGAGAAUGCAUUUAAUACAUAUUAAAUCUACACAAAUUGACCCUUUCGAAGGUUUGAAUGAUCACUUCGAUGUCCAGAUGUUAACCAAACUACUGAAGUUUAACAAUUGGAUCUCGCAGUUCCACCAGGUUUGUAUAUGAUGUAUAUGAAGGUUCAGGACAGAUUUGCCAGACCUGGGUGCACCCAUGUAGUCUUGUAUGAUUCAUAUUUAGAAUUCACCCACAAAAAAAGACAUCAAGAAGAUCAAAAAAACAACAAUACAAAAACACAACAAAGAAAACGGUAGGAGUAGGAACAUCAAAUUACAAGUAUGAAUGUGUAGAAGCCUGAUCGGCCACAGAGUACUGGAAAUGUGCACUGCCUUUUGUUUAACGGUGUCUUACCAGACUGGUUCACUGCGGACAGUGAGGACUAAGACUGUGACUACGAGGCAGAGGACUUCACAUCCACACUGCAGCCACGCUGUUGGAUGCUUAUUAAAUAAUACACACAUUGGCUUUAGUAGCAGUACGUAUAAAUAUGUCGUGUGAUGACAAUAAGGAGAAGGGGAGCUCCAGUGAUACAUAUAUUUUAUGGAUGAAUUUUGACAUCGUGGCAGCGCUGCACAGCAGGGUUUUAAAGACAGUGGUGUUAAGGUGGAAAUGUGUUAGGCACACUGCUGUUAAAGGCCUACUUUAUUUUCAUCAGUAUGGAAUUACAUUCUACUCAGCAGUGCAACUCCGGGGCUCUAUCCAUUGAUUUACUUGUUUCUUUUUUUUUUUUUUACUCAGAAAUGUAACUGCAAUGCAUGUGUGCCAUGCAAUUUUUGUAUGGUGUUUUGAGGGUUAAAUAUUUUAUUGAUUUAAUUCCACUGAAUCUUUAGAACCAACUGCAUCUGGAAUUAGGGAAUGCCGUUUUUUUUGUUUUUGUUUUUAUUUUUUAAACAAAAUGUAAGUUUAUUUAGCUAUGCUUGCUACAGUGAGCCAUGAUUGUACAAAGUAUCUUUUGUUGUUUUGUGUCACAUUGUGUCACUGUCUAGUUGGGCAAGGAUCCAUAUAGACAAAAAAGAAAAAAAAAAGCUUAAUGUAAAUUUUGCAAAACCAGUGCCAUACCUUUGAUGAAGAUCAUGUAGGUCUAAAAAAAUACACCAAAGGGGGGCAAUCUUUGAAAUAGUUCAUUAAUUCUAAGUAAGAAUAUCUAUUCAGUCUUAAUUUAUUGUUGUUUAUUUAUUCUCUUAGCACAUCCAUUGUAUUUAAAAGUUUAUUAAUGUAUUGUAUAAAUGACUAGUACAAUGGCUACUUUGACAUGUAGCAUUUAGACGUAGGUGAUUUUUUGGUAAACCUGGUUACCUUUGGUGGAAAUGAAGAUUGUGGGUGAUGCAUUUUGAAGGAUUUAGCUAAGGAUAUUCCAUCUAAGCGCUUCAUUUAUAACCAGCGACAAAUCUGAGGAUCACCAAGGGUUUUCAUAAUCAGUGCAACAAAGAACUGUUGGUUUCAGCCUAAGCUACAAAUACCUGAAACCAUUCUUCUUCUUCUGAGAUGUUCCACAUUUUUUGGUUAAACAACAGGUAGAACACAAUCAUUUACAGGCAGUCUAGUUCUGGCAUUUUAUGUCAUGUAACAUCUCUAUGGAGAAUGAACGCCUGGGAGAGUGAUUGCUUCAUGCACCCAUGAGCCAAAAAGAAAUGGUCACGUGCUUUAUCUUCACUCAGAAUUUAACAAAAUGAAAUAAUUAAUCAAGGAUGAGAUUCUAUUCAGUGUGAAUACUGAAUUAACGGAAUAAUAAUAAAUAAUAUCACGAUUAGUUCUUAAUAUGGAUAACUGACUUUGUCACCAGGUCAGUUUUCUUUUUAAAUUAGGGCAGAAAAAGCUUUUUUGGAACCUGCAAUGGCAUGAUGAUAUUCGACUGAAACCUCAAAGUCGUUCAUAUACAUCUCAGCAGUGAUCAAUAAUUAAGCAUGCUUUCUUUCAGUAGAAUAUUUCUUUACAGACAUAGGAAAAGUGCUACUCGUCAUAUAAGCACACAUCCCAUUUAGCUCUGUACAGUGUGUUGUUCCAUGUUGGCUAUUUUCUUGUGAUAUGAUGGCUGAAGGCUGACCCUAACCUCUGACACCUGAAGAUGAAAGGAAUGGAUGGAAGGGGAACUGUACGAAUACAUGCCCUUGCUGCUGCAAUGCUGUGUGUUACAGACAUACAUGAGGGCAUACAGGAGUCGAGAGGAGAAUGCGAGAGGUGGUCGUUAAUGUGCAAUGAGUUAAUCAGAUAUUAAAGCUGAAUAGCACCAUAUGGACUUGCACUUUUCUCCAGAUCCUAUUCGGAGAGAAAAUUGAAGGGGGCUUUCAAAUCUCUGGGGACUAUUACAGGGAAGUUCCCUUCACUGCCUGCUUGCCAUCACUUACCACCAAUCAUAACAAUGUGCCAUUUUCCCCUCACUUGCAUCACUAGCUCGUCAUUUGUUAAAACGUAGAAAGGACAAAACGAGAAAAUGUCAAAUUUUUUUCAGUAUCUUGUCAUAUUUCUUUGUAGAACAAAAAAGAAAAAAAAAGAAAGUGUUCCAACACAAAAAAGGUAAGGCUCUCUCAAUGACUGCAUGUGUGCGUGAGAAUGAGAGUUCAUUUGUAUAGAAGAGUGUGUAAGGUAUUUUUUCCUAUGGGGGCUGGGGACAAUGCAGGGCAAUGCUUUUAAGAUGAGGAAACAACAUGGGCUGGUACUUGAGCAGUGGGUGGGCAGGGUACUGAACUGUUACAAGAACAAAAGAAAAAGCUGUUGCUGUAAUAGAUUUUUUUUUUUUUCCAGUUCGGUUCUGCUUAUUUUUAUUUAUUUUUGUACUGUGAUGGAAAAAAAUGCACUGAUCGUUAAAGAUGCACAACUGUGUGGCUGUCAUUAUUUGCUUCAUUAAACUCUGAUUUUAUCAGCUCUGGAGUGACGCAACACAGAAGAGGUUGCACUGUAGUUCGGAGAUCACAGGGGUUCAGAUGCAGAUGAUGUUCCAGUCAUCUGUGUCUGGGAGCCAACUGGCUGUGCUUUCUGGGUGGGAAAGAUGGCAUUACUGCCUCCUCUUGUCAGACAGAGACACUAUUCAAUCAAGGAUAGCUGAGAGAUCAUGUAUGCAGAAGAGGGCAGGUAGUGCCUACCUUUAAGUGUGUUAUGCUGCAUUGUGUACCAUUAGGAGCUCAAAAAAGAGGCAACAGGCUGGCUUCACAUGUCUCAGAGGAAGCAUGUGUUAGCCUUACCCACCCUAGUAACUGAUGUAUACUAAGAAGAGCCAGUGACCAAAUUAGGUCAAACAUUUGACAUAAAGACAGAUUGGUCAAGAAUGUAUCCGUUUAAAGACAAGCUAUAAAGAGUGCUUAUUCCUCUAGGACUGUUAUCUCCAAAGUUGUUGUCACAGAGAUUGACAAAUGCUCUGCUUUAUUUAUAGGUUUAUCCAGAAAGCAAAUAAAAAUUCCACUUUACACCAGUCUAAUUUCACUAUAAGACAAGCCAACAACACUCACCACUGAACCAGCCUGUGAGAUCCUGGCUUUCAUUUCUGGAAACACGAUGGUGUCACUGGCAUAGCGGUAUCUGAGCCAAGCUGUUGUGCUGGUCCAGGUAGCUAACAAUUUCACUUACAACUAUUACUUUUACAUUUACUAUGAAUAGACAAUACUAAUCCAGCUCUUUAAACUGAUGAACUAAAAUCUCAUGUGUUCCUUUUAUAAUGAUUACACAUGCUUGAUUUGUUGUAGUGUAUAAUUAACUCAGCGGGUUUAUUCCACACAAAUUCACUUCCUGACUCAAGAAAUGAAAUCUCACCUUGGUCUUAGUCAUAUUAUUCAUUUUUCAGGUUCCCAUUUCCUUUGAUCUGAAUGACAAAUGACUGCGACUUUAUACAGAACAUUACAAUAAAGCAAUCAAACGUAAUAAAAGAUUAAUGCAUGACAGUUCACUGAACAGAAUGAUUUUCAAGCCCUGACAUGACUAAAAGCUUUGCCUGUUAAUAAUUCGGUGUAUUAUGCAGGUUUCUCUGCAUCCAGGAUGAAUCCCAUACUGGUGAAGUGGGUGUUAGAGCGGUGUGUGUUGUGUCUGGGUUUCAGAGUAGCAGUGAGAGAAUAAGUUUCAUCAGUACAUGUACAAUGAAGAUUAAACAAUCAGCCAACAAUAGUGCUGUCAUCGUGAUUCAUACUGUUCAUAACACGAGUGUUCCUGCAGUAUUCAUCACCACUAAGAAAAACAACACAUCAUAUACAAACAUAGUGGAUCAAGUACUGGAUGUUUAUUGAGCAGUGAUAUUUGGUAUAACAUAUGAUAUACCCAAUAGUUUAUUAUUAUAGAUUAGGCAACAAAAUAGAGCAGGUGUCACUCUGUUGUUGAUGUUUUCUUAAAACCCAUUUUGAUUUUUUAACAAAUUAAAAACUGUAAAUGAAAAUGUUUUUUCUUAAGUGUUUGGAUGACUGAACUGUCAUACGUUGGACCAGAAGCCAGCACUAAUAUACAAUUCAAAAAGCUCAGGUCAGUCCAUUUACCAUUAAAACAGACAAAAUACACAAUCAAAAUAUUCCUAUUUCACUUGGUGGAAAUCUGUGUAUCAAAAUUAAGCAAUUAAUUCCUUAAAUAAAUGAAAUAUAAAAUUAGGCACAUACAUUUUCAGCUGGAUGAGCAAAAUUAUACAGAUUAGAACAGGAGACAAACAUUCAGACGAUUUUGGUAUAUGAACCAAAUCACAGAAAUUCACCUCAAGGAAGACCCCACAAAGAAAGAUCAUAUGAACAAAGAGAAUGCCAUGACUGAAUUUCAAGACUGAGAGUGAAUAUAAGAAAAUAUUUCACUUAAACUUAAUCUUCACUUUUUUUAAAAAGGGUGAUGGAAAGUGGUACACAUGUCAAAUACAGUACACUUUUCUGACCACAGCUAUGAGUGCUGAAUAUCAAAUCAACAAAGAUUUCUUAAUUGAUAUCCAUUCUGGUUCUAUACAAAAUGAGAUCAGAAGCAGAGAAAUCAAAAGAAACAAACAAACAAACAAUACAAAGAAUCAAAUCAGUGGCAAAAUAUACCACUUUUAGGUUCAAUAUGCAAGCCUUUAUAGUGUGCUCUGAUGUAGAGUACACUAUAAAGGCUUGGCCCUUUCCUCCUGCCUGAUGAGGAAUCUGUAAGCUAGAAGUGGGCUGUCUUUAAAUCAGACAGAAAUGUGUGUGUAUGACUGAGGUCUGGGUGGACAUGGCAUGGGGAGAAAUCAUAUGUGUACAUCAGGAAAAAAAUUAGAAACUAGUACAGGUCAUUUUGUUAUAGCUUGACUAUAUGCAAAGGCAUGUGAGAAGUGGAUGUGAGCAACAAAGCACAGUGAAGAGCGUGUAGCCUGAACAAAGGAGCUAAUGAUGAAAAUGUACAUUUAGUCUUUUCCUUUCAAAGCCACAACAACUCUGCUGGCUCCAAGCUUGUACAUUCACUUAUAAAAUGUUAAUAAAAUGACUGAAAGAAGGCACUAAAUUUAGCUCUGCUGAAUGCUGCAGCACAAGUAGACCAGGUUAGUAUCAGCAUAUACUAUGGAUAUUAUACCACAGGCAUGGGCUAGACCCUCAAACCCCUCGGAAUUAAAAAGUAAUUAUAAAACUGAUUUAUGCAGCUCUGCUCGGAAUGACCAGCAGCACAUUUCUUCAGUACUUUAUCACUACUUCCCUCAGCCACCUCGAAAUCUAGGUCAGACGUCCUGGGAUUUUCCAGUAAAACUAUACACGUCUAAUGCAGUUAAUAUGAAUAAUCAAAGGCUUUACAUUAAGGAUUGAGGAAAAAACGUUUUCUAACAACAACAACAACAAAAAAAAAAUCAAUGUUCUUUGCUGUCAAACAGCAAUAUUCUGAUCUUUGAAACAGUGUCUUUCUUUGGAGAAGUAAAAGUGAGAUCUAACCCACUACAUGUUUGCUUUGAAUUACUAUUGCACAAGGAAGAACUUUGAUCAUCAUUAUAUUUUCAAGUGUGAGCAGGUUCAAAACUGAACAACGAACACUCCGGCUUCCUUCGAUCUAUUAAACCGUUUAAAGACAGUCGUCUAGAACAGAGCUACUCUUUAAUAAUGUAUAACGUGAAAAACAAAAACAAAACAAAAACAAAAACAGCUCCUUGGAAAUCAAAAGCAAAAAUUGCAGAAUGCUUUACGUUCCUACACAAAGUGACUUUGUAUAUAAACAAUAUACAAUUUAUAGAAACUGUGGUUCAUUAUCUCCUCUUGUACAUCCACAUAUAACAUCUGCACGUUUCAUAACUGAAAAUAUGCAUGACACAGUAUUUAAGUUAUGAGAGAUUUUUUUAUGCUCCUCUCUGAGCACUCAGCAAGUUUAUGGAUAUGCUCAACACAUCCUCCUACAAAACCUACGCUGAAUAAGUCGAAAUAUUUCCUAUAUGGCCACUAUGAUCUGUGAUAUACAUAAAGCUAUACUCUAGCCACACUAGAUCCCAAAUGAGUGCUAUAUCAAAACCAGAAAUAUUCUCUUUAAACAAGAAAAACUAGAACAGCGACAACAAAAAAAAAAAAAACACUUUCCAGCA